AUGGGACUCCUGAAGGUGAUUCGCAAGGGCAAGGCCUUGGAACACGAAAUUCGUGUGCUUAUGCUCGGCCUUGACAACGCGGGAAAGACUACUAUCCUCAAGCGCUUGAACGGCGAGGACACCUCGCGCAUCGAGCCUACGCUCGGUUUCAACAUAAAGACACUAGAACACGAUGGCUACCAGGUGAACAUCUGGGACGUUGGUGGACAGAAGACCAUCCGGUCCUUCUGGCGCAACUACUUCGAAAACACCGAUGCGCUGGUCUGGGUCGUGGAUUCUGCGGACGCCAUGCGCCUCGAGGACUCGCGCAGCGAGAUAGAGGAGCUCCUGUCGCAAGAUCAAAUGGCACAGUGCACGGUGCUGGUAUUCGCCAACAAGCAGGACGUUACCGGAGCCCUCAACGUUCACGAAAUUCAGGAGCAGCUCGGACUCGACCGAAUCGCGAACGAGCGGAGCUGGCGCAUCCACGGAUGCAGCGGUAUUAGCGGCGAAGGGAUCGUCGAGGGCUUCGCAUGGCUCGUGUCCGACGUCGCCCGCCGUAUAUACACGCAAGACUACGUCAAGCGGUGA